AUGUGGGGCCGGCGGCGGCGCUGGGCCGGGCCCGGCGGCGGCGGGGGCCUGGAGGAGCUGCGGGCCCGGCGGCGGGAGCGGGAGGCAGCUCUCAGGAAAGCCCGGCGGCAGGAGCAGCUGGUCAGCAAGCGUCUUCUGCGGGAGGACACUGCGGAGCAGGGGGGACAGGAUGGAGCAGAGACCCUGCCAGACCCUCUGUCAGAAGAUGAGGUCCUUCAGCUCCUCAGAGGCGUGCAGAGGGGUUCAGAGGACAGGAAAGGAUCACUCAGCCGCCUCCGUUGGGCUCUGCAGAACAAGGAGACUCAGCAGAAGUUUGUCAGGCUGGAUGGCAGCAUCCGGACGCUCAUCGGGCUCUUCACCAGCAGCCUGGCCGACAUGCAGAUGGAGGCAGCCCGCUGUCUCCACGAGCUCUCCCACUCCAGCGACCCUGCUGUGGCCGAGGCGUGUCUGCCAGUGACCUCUUAUCUCCUCACCUACCUCUCAGGACACAGUGUGGAGUUCACGGAGCUGUGUUUGUACACGCUGGGGAACCUGGUAGUGGAAAGUGAAGCUGUGAGGAAGCAACUUCUGCCUCAGGGCAUCAUUCCAGUGCUGGCAUCCUGCAUCCAGUCCCCCCACGAAGCUGUGCUGGAAGGUCUGGGCUACGUCCUCUCGCAGCUGCUCCAAGCCAAGGAAGCCCCCGCAGAGAUCGUGCCCUUGGUCCUGGACUCUGUUCUCCCCCAGCACAUGCUCCGGCUGGUUUGCUCCGGCCUCAGGGCUGGGACAGGAGCAGCCGUGGAGUUUGCCUGGUGUCUCCACUACAUCGUUUGUAGCCACACGGCCAACGCCGCGCUGCUGUCGCUGGGGGCCUUCCCUGCCCUGGCCUCGCUCUUCCUCGAGAUGGCUUCUGAAAUCCCCCAGGAGGCUCCCGAGGGCCUGGAGCUGCUCGUCUGCCCGGUGCUGCGGUGCCUCAGCAACCUGCUGGCGGAGGAGAUGGGCUGCCACCUCCAGGUCCAGGACGAGCGCCUGCUCAUCGCCCUCUUCCUCAUCCUGCAGAGCUUCCUCCCGCAGCACCCCUUCAUGGCACAGGAGUGUCUCUGGCUGCUCAACAACCUGACGGCGGACAAGCCCUUCUUCUGCUCAGCUCUGCUCUCCCUGGACCUGCUCCCGGCUCUGCUGCAGCUCCUGUCCUGUUCCCAGAUGGCCAGCGUGUUGGUCCUGACGGUUCUGUGCAAUAUAGCAGAGAAGGGACCACCCUACUGCCAGCAGCUGCACCAGCAGCAGGCCCUGCCCCUGCUGCUGCCCACCCUUGUCCUGCCCGACCCCCAGGUGGUGGGGCAGUGCUUGGAGCUGCUGCACCUCCUCUUCCUGCACUGCCCGGAGGCCGCUGCUGACUUCCUCGGGCAAGGUGGGCACCGAGCCCUCGAGCAGCACCAGAGCACCCCAGAGCUGCAGGCGCGGGCGCGAGCGCUGCUGGACAUGCUCGGGCAGCCCCUGGGAGCCACCACCGCCUUCAGUCCCUGCCAACCCACCUUGUCUGCCUUCUCCUAGACCUUCUCCUGAGCCACCCCACCUCCCUUCCCUCUCCCUGCACUCCCAGGAGGAGGAAACAGUUUGUUCACCCUGUGCCCUGCUUCCCCAAGGGCUGUAAGCACCAAGACGCUGCUCCUUGGCAAGAUAUGGCUGAUCCCAUCCUUGUCCCCACCAGUGGGCAACCCCCUGCCUCCCCAGAGCCUGGUGCAGCGGCAGAGCCCAGCUGCAAGCCGGGCAGACGGGCUCUUGGUGCCAGGAAGGUGGGGUCCCUGCUGAGGCCGUUCCCUCCAGCAUCUCCUUUCGGCUUUAAACCCAACAUGUGAAGCUCAGGGUAAGCACUUUGCAUUUAUAAGAUUGAUAAGUUAAAUAUACACGUUUUACAUUAAAGAUCAUCGGUCAAGCCUUGA